AUGUCGUCCCUACAGUUCCAAGCCUCCGUGUUCUUAAAGAUGCCAAUACUGGUGCUCCUAGCAACGGAGGCGGUCAAGGAGAGUACAGAGGCGGUCAAGGAGAGUACAGAGGCGGUCAAGGAGAGUACAGAGGCGGUCAAGGAGAGUACAGAGGCGGUCAAGGAGAGUAUAGAGGCGGUCAAGGAGAGUACAGAGGCGGUCAAGGAGAGUAUAGAGGCGGUCAAGGAGAGUACAGAGGCGGUCAAGGAGAGUAUAGAGGCGGUCAAGGAGAAGGCGGUCAAGGAGAGUACAGAGGCGGUCAAGGAGAGUACAGAGGCGGUCAAGGAGAGUAUAGAGGCGGUCAAGGAGAGUACAGAGGCGGUCAAGGAGAGUACAGAGGCGGUCAAGGAGAGUACAGAGGCGGUCAAGGAGAGUACAGAGGCGGUCAAGGAGACUACGAAGGCGGUCAAGGAGACUACGAAGGCGGUCAAGGAGACUACGAAGGCGGUCAAGGAGACUACGAAGGCGGUCAAGGAGACUACAGAGGCGGUCAAGGAGAGUACAGAGGCGGUCAAGGAGAGUACAGAGGCGGUCAAGGAGAGUACAGAGGCGGUCAAGGAGAGUAUAGAGGCGGUCAAGGAGACUACGAAGGCGGUCAAGGAGACUACGAAGGCGGUCAAGGAGACUACAGAGGCGGUCAAGGAGAGUACAGAGGCGGUCAAGGAGAGUAUAGAGGCGGUCAAGGAGACUACGAAGGCGGUCAAGGAGACUACGAAGGCGGUCAAGGAGGACUACAGAGGCGGUCAAGGAGAGUACAGAGGCGGUCAAGGAGACUACGAAGGCGGUCAAGGAGACUACGAAGGCGGUCAAGGAGACUACAGAGGCGGUCAAGGAGACUACAGAGGCGGUCAAGGAGACUACAGAGGCGGUCAAGGAGAGUACAGAGGCGGUCAAGGAGACUACAGAGGCGGUCAAGGAGACUACAGAGGCGGUCAAGGAGAGUACAGAGGCGGUCAAGGAGACUACAGAGGCGGUCAAGGAGACUACAGAGGCGGUCAAGGAGACUACGAAGGCGGUCAAGGAGAGUACAGAGGCGGUAGAUACUACGAAGAAUUAUAA